UUGUAUUAUGUGGCUGGCAUUCAGUACGAUAGGGAAAUUGAAUUUACAAAAGAAAAAAUAACUUCCAAGAUUAUAUGUUUGAAUGAAUCUUCUAGAAGUGGAUUUUAUUUCACACCACUAAUUAACUGAUUGACAUCAUGAGCUCUAUAAAUAAUUAUGGAUAUGAACCUAACAGCAGCCAAAUAAUAUAUCAAAAUCUAGACAGCACAGACCAACAGUCUCUUAAAAAUUUAAUAACCAUAUAUAAUUAAGUUGACGAUGGAAGUGCGGGCUUUAAAGACAGAAGUGAAGGAGCUAAAGGAAGAAAACAAAAGAAAUUUGUUGAAGCUGACACAGGAAGUUAUUGCGGUCAAAUUGGAAAACAGGGGAAAACCCUCUGAAAGUCAAAGUCCACAAUUCGACCAACUACCAUUUUACCAUAAGAAGGAUCUUGACGAUUUCGAAGCACAGCUUUUACAAAAGCCAGAGUUGAUGGAGAAAUUUAAACUACUGUCUUUUUCGUGGAGGGGCACGGCAGAUAAGCCAAGCGCGGAAAAAUGUUUAGUUACAACAAUAAUAAAAAUAUUUGCCAUGAAAUGUUUCAAGUGGACGAAAAAGCCGUUAGAUCAACAAUACAAAAACAUUUCGUUUAUGCAAACGAAAGAGUAAAAAAACGACGUCUACC